UUCUAGCGCGCCUGUACUUGACCUACGUAAACAAUUUUUGAACGAAGGCUGGGCGCGUUUUCUGCAGGUUUUGUGAUGAAGACAUAGCUAGCUACAAGACAGAAAUUGAUCUAGGAAAGAAUGGAUUCCACUAUUGCCAGUGAUGUGAAUGGAUUCAAGACGCCCUGCAAACCAGACAGGGUUAAGGUUAAGGGCCUUCUCUCUGGUAGCACUGCCAGUCCUAGAACUCCCAUAACCAUCCCUGCCUCCCCUUUCAUGAAGAAACUGGGAUGUGGAACUGGGGUGAAUGUGUAUCUCAUGAACAGAGUUGGUAAACUGAACCUGUCUCCAUGGGCUGUCAAAAAGAUCAACAACAAAUGUGCCUCAAAGCAGGUGGGUGUCUACCAGAGACGACUCUGUGACGAGGCAAAUAUCCUGAAAGGCCUGCAGCACCCAAACAUUGUUGGAUUCCGUGCCUUCACCACUGCCAAUGAUGGCUCUAAGUGCCUGGCCAUGGAGUAUGGUGGGGAGAAGUCCCUGAAUGACCUGAUAGAGUGGCGACGAGAGGAGGGCCUGAAGGCUUAUCCAGCUGCCACCAUUGAGAAAGUGGCCUUGCAUGUGGCGCGUGGCCUACAGUACCUUCACAAUGAGAAGAAGCUAUUACAUGGUGACAUGAAGUCUUGCAAUGUUGUUAUCAAGGGUGACUUUGAGACUGUCAAAAUCUGCGAUGUGGGAGUCUCCUUGCAGUUGGAUGAGAAUAUGAAAGUGAGUAACCCCAAAGCAGAGUACGUUGGCACUGAGCCGUGGAAGCCCAAGGAGGCUCUGGAAGAGGGAGGCGUGAUCACGGACAAGGCAGACAUCUUUGCCUACGGACUGACCCUGUGGGAGAUGAUGACUCUGGCCAUGCCUCACUUGGAGAUUGAGAACAGUGAGGAGGAUGUCUCAAUGGACGAGGAUGACUUUGAUGAGGAUGCCUACUAUGAGAGGUUGGGCACCCGACCGGCGCUGGACUCUGAGAGUCUUGGGGGAGCCUACCAGAGAAUGGUGGAGCUCUUCUGGCUCUGCACGGAGGAGAAUCCACAGAAACGCCCGUCGGCUACCCAAAUAGUUCAGGUUCUGGAGUCCAACAUGCAGGCGGACAACGUCAUUGUCAUAGACUGAUCAGUUAGACUAGUCUCAUCUCAUUCAAACCAUACUGUAAUGUUGACUAGUCUUGUUUUCGUUUCCAGAAACCUUUCCUGUUUGUCUUGACUUGUAUGUAUGCAAUGUACGGUAUUCUUAGGUGAAUUGUAGUAAACAAAAUGUCUCAGUAAAUUGAUAAACAAUUUAAAGAA